GAACCCCAUCAGAUCCGUGGAAGCCGGUGGGGAAAAGUCGAUUUGCCGUUCGGUUGGGGAUUGAAGACAUCGCAGACCUGAGUUCCAUAUCCUCAUCCAAUUCACUUGUGCCGUCGUGCUUCAUUGAAUCCGGAGAUUACCUGAACAAGCAAGCCGUGGGCUACAUCAGUACAACCUGCGGAAUCUCUCACUACCCCUCCAUACACACUCGCUUUACAAUUCGGACCCAGAUCUCGAGCAAUUCACAUAUUUAUCGCCUCCAUGGAAUAACGACUCUCUCUUUUCUACGACUUCCCUCCGAUCCGGUAUCGCCUCCUUGCCUACAUCACCUGUCGCUAAAGCUUUCACCUCCACGCUUUCUUUCUUGUACCAUAUAUUCCCACGAUGAGCGGGGAGUUUUUUAACAGUUGGCCCUUGUGGGCGAAAAUGACAUUCGUUUUAGGAUGUGCUAUAGUUAUCACAUUCGCUAUGGGAUGUUUCAAGUUAUGGCACAGCCAUCGCAAGUUGAAGAAGUACGUUCUAGCCGAUGAGAAAGAAGCCACGCCGGCUAUGGUAGAAGCACAGGUAUCGCUGGACACCGAAUCAGAGGUUCCAUUCGGGGUCCGGGCCUUGGAGAAGGGCAUCGAGGUGGAUGGAGUAUGGAUAUCGCGGACAAAUACUCCGAACUCAAGCGCGCCUGGUAGUCCAAGGAUAUCGUUCGCCAAAGGCUCGCCAGUUCUCCUUCCGAAUCUCGAUCUCCCGUCGGUCUCUUCGAACGAUUUUACCCUACUUGGAUCGAAGCCCAGCAGUCCGUCGAGCUCCCGAGCUCCGAGCUAUGUAUUCGAACGCGCGGUUGGCGCAGAGCGGUUACCAUCAAACCCGUCCUCCUCGACUUUAGCAGUUAAUGUACCGGGCGACGGCGGUCGACAGUAUUCUUCGAGAUACGAGCCAGUUCCGACGAGUACGGCAUCAAUGAGAGACGCCGAAUCAUCCCCAGAAUCCGGGUCACCCACCGAAGACGAUACCCGGGACCGGACCUCCGGCGGCAGCUCCCUAGGAUCCGUAGAAGGCUCAACCUCCCAGGAAGACGAUGCAACAACAGGAAAGGGCAAAGUUAAGGCCCAAAGACGUCCAAGAAAUGAGAGAGCCAAUCUCGAUCUUCUCCACAGUCACCGACUCUCCCAUGUCGCCGAAACUGGCCAGCUGACCCCACGGGUAAAGCGACCCGCCCUCGGCUCCGAUCUUACAGGUGUCUCCGCAGACGGCGCUCGAUUUCAGACCGCCGAAUACACCAUGAACCGCCGAAGUGCCCCUUUGCCUCCCAUGCUCCAGCUUGCGAAUCGCAACUCUCUCCCUGACCACGCCGAGUCCCCCAAAGCGGAUCGCAACGCGCUGAGCACCAUCCCCGAUGACACCAUCAUACCAGGCAGCGGAGCCUUCCAACCUCACCGCAACACACUCGCUUUCCUUCCACAUGCGCCCUCCGAAUCCGGACAUCCGCGGAAGGUGAACUCCGGAUUCGAGGUGCUGGCGCCCGGCUCGAAGCCGCGGAUGUCGAUCAACGUGGACGAUGCACGGCUGGAGGACGACAAUUACGAACCCAAGGAGAAAAGGCAAUCCAAGCGGUUACAGAAGAAGCGCCAGUCGCCCCCAGCCGAUGGCAUAGCACGGGUAUCAAAGUUCGUGGAGGGAGGGUUGAUAUAGAGGAUACUUCUGAACACUUGGAUGUUAGAGGAGGCAAUUUUCCAUCCGCCGUCUCGGCACGGUCAGGAUAUGUAUUGGUUGGAGCAUACUGGCGCAGAUA